AUGGUCCUUGAACUGAUUAGUUCUGUAACCAAAAUCGUCAAUGUGCCUAUUGGCGAGUUAUGGGCAGUUAUCUCGUCAUUUGGAUGCGAGAAGCUAUGGUUCCCAGAUAUGAAAAGUGUCGAUCUCAAGGGCUUUGGUAUUGGUAGUGUGCGCACGUAUAUUUUUCACGAACCUGGGCGUGUCGCAUGGGAGCGUUUGGACUUCGUUGACAGUGAAAACUAUUUGGUCCGAUUUUCUGUUUUCAGGAACGAUCUAAUAACGGAAGCUGUUGGUACUAUGAAGCUGGAGGCUGUGAGUGAAAGUCAGACCACAUUCAUGUGGAAGGCGGAGGUGGCCCUUCUGCCAGGCUUGGUUAAGGAAGAACUGCAGAAGCAGCUUGAUCCGAUGUUCCUAGGUCUAAUCGAUGCAGUCGUCGAAGCAAUUAAGAAGUAG